AUGUCUGGGAGCACAAAAGUAUCUUGGGUAUGCAAUGGCUGCCAAAGCUCUGCACGGCUCCAUGGUGCCAGGCUGAGGCCACGGCCACGGCCACGGCCACGGCUAUGGAAUGCUGAACAUCAUGGAGUUCGAGCAUACAGCGUGGCGAAUACACGACAACGACCACUGCAUCUCGCCAUCAUCGGAGCGGGACCCGCGGGCUUUUAUUCUGCGUAUAGACUUCUGAAGAGCUUACCAGAUGCCCGUGUGGAUAUGUACGAAGGUCUGCCAUCGCCCUAUGGCCUUGUGCGCUUCGGCAUUGCCCCCGACCAUCCAGAAGCCAAGAAGUGCUCAGAAACUCUGAUAGACGUAGCCAAAUAUCCAGGAUUCACUUACAUUGGCAACGUACCCGUAGGAGAUGAACCACACCAACUACCCCUGACUUCUCUGGCACCGCACUACGACGCUGUGCUGUUCGCGUACGGAGCAUCCAAAGACAAGAAGCUGAAUAUACCCGGAGAGGACCUCCGCAAUGUACUAUCUGCGAGAGCGUUCGUAGGCUGGUACAAUGGACUUCCCGAAUACGCAGACCUCCAGCCGAACCUGCGAGCUGGCGAAACUGCUGUUGUUAUUGGACAGGGGAAUGUUGCUUUGGAUGUCACGCGGAUGCUGCUCAUGAGUCUCGAAGAGCUCAAAAAGACGGAUAUUGCGGAGCAUGCCGUGGAGGCUUUGAGCAAGAGCAGAAUUCGAGAUGUGAAGGUCAUUGGGAGAAGAGGGCCGCUGCAAGCACCGUAUACUAUAAAGGAGCUCAGAGAACUGCUGAGCCUGUCUGGCUUGGGCUUUGUCCCGCCACCCGAAGGCUGGGAGGAACUGGUGCAGGUUGAGAGGAAGAAGCUUCCUCGACAGCUGAAGCGUAUCGCCGAACUGUUAGAAAAAGGGAGCAAGACGCCCAUCGAGCGAGCAGCAAAGGCCUGGCAGCUGGGAUACCUGAGGUCACCCAUCGAGUUCUUGUCCAGGAACGGUCAAGACCUCGAUGCUAUCGGGUUUGAGAGCACUGAGUAUGUUGCGCCUCCUGCAUCAAGCAUGAUACCGGGUGAGCCAGAAAACACCUUGAAUGCACUGCGCUCUCUGCAAGUAAGACCUGUCGAGCCUGUGAAGCGAACCUCGAUAGCUGCAUCCAUGGCCUUUCGCAGUAUUGGCUACGAAUCAGAGCCCAUCGCAGGCAUGGAUAGGCUUGGCGUACCCUUUGAUACGAAGAAGGGCAUCAUUCCUAACGAUCGCUACGGUCGUGUGCUUACGCCUGAUCUCGGACCUGGCAACUUGACGGCUGGUCACGUGCCAGGCAUGUACUGUGCGGGUUGGGUGAAGCGAGGGCCUACAGGGGUCAUUGCCAGUACCUUGGACGAUGCUUUCACCAGUGCAGACGUCAUCGUUAGUGAUUGGCGGAAGAACGUGAAGUUUCAUGAUGGUAUUGGGGACGACAAAGAGGGUUGGCAACAGGUGAAGAAGGCCGCUGAGAAACGAGGCAUGAGACCGAUAAACUGGCAGGAUUGGGAGCGGAUUGAUGCUGAGGAGGUGAGACGAGGGCAAGCAAAGGGGAAGGAGAGAGAAAAAUGCAGGACUGUUGAUGAGAUGUUGAGAAUACUGGAUGCCUAGCGACCAGCGUAAGGUACCUGAGUUUAUAGACGUUGGCAUCG